AUGUUGCAGCUCACGCAGACCAGGAUAAGUGACUUCGCCCUUGCUCCCAUUCGCGGGACAUUUCAACAAGCGAACUUCGACCCAGUCAUUAGCACCCAGAGCACUGGCCUCCACUUCCAAGGUGCGCGAACCUCGGGAGAAUUUUCGUUCUUUUUUUGGAUGACAGAAUGCAAGGAGCCGACAGAAGAUUGGAGGGGCCUCAAGUUCUGGCCUAAUGGCGCUAUGAUUCCCAAUGCGAGCUAUCCGGCAGUUAAGCCAGACCAUGAUUGCUCAUCCAUACAGGCUCCCCAGUGGGGUGUCAGACUUCAGGGGCUUGAGAACCCUAAAUCAGAAUGUGGCAAGCGAGAGACAAAUUUUGGCUGGGAUAUCAAUUUAGCGUUAUCGAAAGGGAUUUGUUCACCGGCAGACCCAAACAGAGAGAAAUUGAAGGAGGGACCUGAUGCCGAUUGCAAAAUCGAGGGAAUUGGAGGCUUGAGACACGCCGGCCAUGUGGUUGCUGACCCUUCAAGGCGCAGCUCUGCCUUGUGGCGAAUGGAAGGAUCAGCUUUUUCGCCGACCAGCAAGAUCAAGCACAGGCCUUUGUUCCCUGGAAUGGAUAGUCUAACCAGGUGCCCAGAAAGGAACCAGACGCACUACUUCAUGCCUGCUGUGAAAGCCAUACGGAGUAUACUUACAUUAGAGGAGGGUUAUGGAGGAGCUAUUCUCGUCACAGCGUCUUUGAGGCCACCUCCAGUUAUAUUCCGCAAUUAUCACCUCCUCCAUGUAUGGGCUUUGCUUCAAGUUCUCUACUGCUUUACGCCAUAA